UUCUUCAAUUGUUUAUAUAAUUCAUCGAGUCUUCACUAAUCUUAUUGCAAAAACCUCGCUAGCUAAAACCAAAUAUGAAUAAGUUUCACAUUGUUAUUCUCUUGGUGUUUGUCUUGGGAGUUUUAAGGGCUUCCGGUCUGAGUGAAAACUUUUACAAGGAUAGUUGUCGACAAGCUGAGACGCUUGUGAGGAACAUUACUUGGAGCAGAGCUCAAAAUGAUUCCAGACUGGGUGCUAAAAUACUUAGGCUUCAUUACCAUGAUUGCUUUGUCAGGGGCUGUGAUGCAUCUAUACUACUAGACACAGCGGGAACAAAUGCAGCAGCAGAGAAGGAUGCAAGGCCAAACCUGUCACUUCUAGGCUUUGAAGUAAUAGAUGAAAUCAAGUCUGAAAUCGAGAAAGUAUGCCCUCAAGUUGUUUCGUGUUCUGACAUUCUAGCCUUGGCUGCUCGUGACGCUGUCUCCUUCCCAUUUAAGAAGAAAAUGUGGGAGGUACUCACCGGGAGACGGGACGGAACGAUUUCCCUCUCAUCAGAGGUCACUGGAAACUUGCCUGGAGCUUCCUCAAACUUCACCACACUUAAGAAUAUAUUUGCAGCAAAAGGUCUCAACGUCAAUGAUCUUGUAGCAUUAUCAGGUGCUCAUACCAUUGGAGUAUCUCAUUGUGGACCAAUUACAAGAAGAUUGUAUAAUUUUACUGGCAACGGCGACACGGAUCCUUCUUUAGAUGAAUCUUACGCGGCAACUUUGAAGACGCAAUGCCCGAAUCCAGCUAGUGCUGCUAUAACUGUUGAGAUGGAUCCUCAAAGCUCUGAAUCAUUUGAUGCUCAUUAUUUCACUGCACUCAAACAACACAAGGGUUUGUUUCAGUCUGAUGCAUCACUUCUUACAGAUCCCGCUUCAGCAAAAAUAGUGGACUCACUGCUAAAACCCGACUCUUUCUUCUCUGAGUUUGGGAAAUCAAUGAAGAAUAUGGGGGAUUGAAUUGCUUACUGGAAGUGCUGGAGAGAUUAG